CGUAAAAGCCCGACAUGUCUCUCAGACAGUAUUCUUAAGCAGAUCUUGAUGCGCCGAGAUCAGCCCACACACCCCGUGCUAGCCGCCCUUGGUGGUGCGAAGUGGUUUGCAAAACGCAGACCUACGCAGAAAGCAGACGACCAUGCACAGAAGGGAUGCAGCACCUGUGGAAUGCACGAUAUGCAGAAGCCGGUUUUCCGCUGUUCACAAUGUCAGUGGACAUAUUAUUGUUCUAGAGAAUGUCAACGGGCGGAUUGGAAGCGACACAAGGAAGCUUGUCGGGAUGCCUUCCAAUCGAGGAAACGUGUAGAGCAAUUGAAGCAAGAGAACCCCGAGGAAGCCACGAUGGCCGAAGAUUGGAUCAACUGGCGUCAAGCAGCUAAUUCUGUGGACACUGAAGCAUUGUGUCAUGCCCUCAAUCUUCAACGCGACCCUUCACGAGGCCGUACACACAUCGUCUUCAGACAGGCUGUGUACACGCCCAACGAUUCAAAGAGCAUACGGAAGAAGUUCCAGAUUGUUAACUGUAGCGUAUACCGCAUAGAAGAUGUUCUGACGGACAUCGAGGAUUUUAUGGAUCUCAAUGAGGGGGAAGGGCGAGCAUACAUUCAAGAAUUGAUUGAUGAGUUGAUCGAAGGAGAUCGUACCGGGGACGGUGUACCUAUCCUAGAACUGAAACUGGCACCGGGUCUUGAGAUAUAUCUGGGUUAUCUAAUGUCCUCGCGCUCUAAAUUGCGCCAGAUAACGUAUAACUCGCAUUGGCGCGAGCUCAUGAACCCGAAGAGCCCGCCAGGACCCAUGCCGCCAUUAAAGAGUGGGGCGCAGGAUGCAGAGUUCCGCUUCUGAAGGUCGCACGAUAACAUACUUGGUGAUCCGCCGGAAGACGGCUGCAGGUUACUAUUUUUCGAGUACAGUCUUUGUUGCAAUACACUUGCGGGUAGAAUAUGGGGC